AAAAGGUAUAAAUACGACCAGAAUUGCAAAAUGAAUUCAAAUCACCAAAGAAUUGUGUUUGUCACAUGUUGCACAGCAAAGCGUUUGAAGAUUGUUAUAUUGAAUUAUCACGUCGCAAAAAAAUGUUCGCAGAAAAUCAAAUCAAAGUUUUUGCACGACCAGGCGAACUGCUCAUUCUCGCCACGUGCAUGACGGCAAUUGCGGCCUAUUCUGUACCGGUGGAAGUGAAGGCGGUAUGGGGAGUGGUUCCCGAACAAACUAUGCAGGGUGAAUGUACCUUCAACAUAGGAGAAUUCCAGAGAAAGGGCGAUUGGCAUGUGAACAUCACACUGACUAAGGCCACUAAGUCUAUAACGUGGUAUAUCAUGAAUGUCACUUCGCAACAUAAACGCGGCAAAUGGUACUACGGUGAAAAUUUUAAUGAGUAUGGACCCCAGAUAAUCAAGAUGCAGUUCCAAGUUACAUUCAAGGCCAAGCGACCACCUAAGGGAACCUGUAAUACAAAUAUUCCCUUUCCAACCACUGCGCCAAGAACGACCGCGCCUUUAACGACGCCAUCUACCACCACUGAGGCUUCAACAACGCCAUCUCCCUCGACAACGGUAGAUACGACAUUAACCCAGCCUCCGUCAGCAACGACACAAAUAUCAACAACAAUACCAACAACGAAACAGGAAUCAACAACGAUACCAACAACAGCUGAAAUGUCAACACAAACAACAAUAGUUGAGACAACUACAGCACAACAAUCCUCAAUGACUACCAAUGGUUUAUCAACUCAACUGCCUACAACUACAGCACAGCAAUCCUCAAUGACUACCAAUGGUUUAUCAACUCAACUGCCUACAACUACAGCAGCGAUAACUCGCCUCUCUUCAACAACGAUAAAGACAUCAACAACACAACAACAAUCAUCAACAACAGCUGUUGUGACGAGUCCUACUGUCCAGAUGACACGUCUUCCGGAAAACUGGGUAACGAAUGGAAAGAACUAUACGAAACUUAGCUGUGCCUUUCCAGUAAGCAGUUCACUGAAGAAAUUCAACAUUGAUAUCAAUCUUAACGCACCAUCAACAGAUUUGUGGAUUUGGAUUGGGGCCAUUAAUUACAAGGAUGUCAAUGGCCGACUGUACAGGGUCGGCAACUUCGCCGAGGAACAUCCGCCAACCUUAUCCUUUGUUUUUGUCGUGGAGUACUCCUCACUACAAUUUCCGUCUGGUACCUGUUCAUUAGACACCUUGGGUCAGACGAUGGCUACACCUCCGGUCACCUCAUUCACGACGUCAUCUAUUCCAACAUCCACUCAGUCAUCAGUCUCUACGUCGUCGUCAUCGACUGUAUCAACAACUAAGUCACCAUCAUCAGUACUAACGACAGAACAGAGUUCCAGUACUACCGAGAGUGGGAACGGACCAACUUCCACAACCCCAGAUCUGAAUACCAAGUAUGACUACGCCAAGGUAUUGGAGUACUCCAUUUUGUUUUACGAGGCUCAACGAUCUGGUGUCCUUCCGGCUAAUAACCGCAUACCUUAUCGAAACGUAAUUCCGCUACAAGUGACGAAUGACGUAGGCUUGGACUUGACAGGAGGAUGGUACGAUGCUGGUGAUCACGUCAAGUUUAGCUUCCCGAUGGCUGCCUCUACCACCAUUCUGGCCUGGGGAUUGGCCGAGUGGAGAGACGCUUACGUGGUGUCAGAUCAGCUAGGGCACGUGCUGGACUCCAUCAAGUGGCCUUUAGACUACUUCCUUAAGUGUUGGAGGGCUUCGUCACAGGAAUACUACGCUCAGGUGGGAAUUGGUGGUGUUGACCAUUCUUUCUGGGGUCGUCCCGAGGAAAUGACCAUGCAAAGACCAGCUUACAAAGUUACCAGAUCGAGUCCCGGAAGUGACGUAGCUGCAGAAACUGCUGCAGCUUUAGCUAUUGGAUCUUUCGUUUUCAAGCGUGAAGGAAACGCCACUUACGCCAACGAGCUGUUGUCAGCAGCUGAGAGUUUGUAUGACUUCGCCAACACCUACAGGGGCAAAUACAGUGACGCUAUCCCAGAUGCUCGAAACUUCUACAAUUCCCAAGUGGAUAUGACGACGAACUCUGCUAUUCCGCCGCCAUGUUGUAUAAAGUCACGGGGAAAACCGGAGUACCUUAACCAGGCAGAGGCUAUCUUUCCUCAGUCACAGAACAAGAAACCUUGGGCAUUCUCCUGGGACGAUAAGACUGUGGGAUGUCAGGUGCUGCUGUUUGAGGCUACAGGAAAAACUAUUUACCGGGAUCUUGUAGCAUCGUUCCUGCAAUCCUAUAUGCCCGGUGGUGACGUCCCCCGAACUCCGAAGGGCCUGGCAUGGCGAGAUGUGUGGGGCACCCUAAGAUACUCAGCCAACUCGGGUUUCAUCGCGUUAAUGGCAGCCCAGACUGGGAUAGCCGACAGCCCCGCUCUAGUGACGUCAUACAGGGACUACGCACGGAGCCAGCUUCAUUACAUGUUCGGAGAGAACGAGAUCAACCGCAGUUAUGUUAUCGGUUUCGGGGAUAGCUUCCCAACGCAGCCACACCACAGGUCCAGUUCCUGCGAUGACCUGCCGGCUGUAUGCAAUGACAGUAACCAGUACCGAGUCGGUCCCAGUCCUCAAAUCCUGUACGGAGCUCUUGUGGGUGGUCCAGAUCAGAAUGGAGAAUUCAUAGACAAGCGCAGCGACUACAUCCAAAAUGAGGUUGCGUGUGACUAUAACGCCGGAUUCCAGUCUCUCGUGGCAGGUAUUCUGGAUCUCGCACUCCAUUGAAAUCCAAGAUGAAUUAAAAUGUGAAGACACUAUACAUUCAAUGUUGGACAGUUUGUGCCAUAUGUGUGUGAGCAGCUCUUUUUGUCCCUCUCUUAACUUAACAUGAUUAUUACUGUUUUGUAUCAAGUCGAGUAUGCGAAUAAAUAUAACUUUUAUACAUGUA